AUGCGGGACUUCGGGAGGAGCAUCCCAGAGCUCAGGUUCCCCGGGCGCGAAGAGGGGCCAGGUCGUCGAGGCUCAAGCUCAGCGAAGGUCGCUCUGGGGUGGGAGAAAGGGCCGGCGGCAGCUCCGGCGUGCGGGUCAGGUGAGAGGCGAGACUGGAACCCGGGGAAGCGCCCACCGCCGGCAGGCACGGGCCCAGCAACCAGCAAGGUGCAGCCGGCCUCAUCCCGCCGGCGGUUCCGAACUGCCGCCUCUGCUCCGCACCGGCAGCCUCUGCGCCGCGCUAGCAGCCUCUGCGGCUUGAGGACGGCCGGGCCCCGCGCGGCGUGUGACCCAAAGGAAUCCAAGUCCCGAAGCACCGACCCUCCUCCGCGGCCGGCGCCGGCCCUGCAGUGGCUGGAGGCGCCCCGGGAGCCCGAGCGAGCGCAGGGAGAGGCCGCGCGCAGUUGGCGGCUCGGGGAGGCGGCGGCGGCCCGACACCAGCUCCGCGAGGCCCGGACUCGGACUGGGCGGCCGGGCGCGGCGGGCGCGAUCUUAAGCAAGUUGGGGGCUGCCGGCCGCGCGGGGCGACGGCCAAGCGGGGACAUGCAGCCCCCACAGCAGCAGCAACAGCUUUUCCAGCGGGGAAGCAGUUCCCCGGGCAGCCUGCCCGUCACUCGGCCUUUGAGCUUUGGAUGGGGGCGGAGCCCGGGCCACAGCCUACGCCGCGCAGCCCGGGCCGGCGCCGCACCACAGCCAGGGCUUCAGCGUGGACAACAUCAUGACUUCGCUGCGGGGAUCGCCCGCAGGGCGCGGCCCGCGGAGCUCGGCUCGGGCCUCCUGGCGUCGGCGGCCGGGUCCUCGCGCACGGGCAUCGCACCCCCGCUGGCGCUGGGCGCCUACUCGCCGGGCCAGAGCUCCCUCUACAGCUCCCCCUGCAGCCAGAGCUCCAGCGCCGGGAGCUCGGGCGGGGGCGGCGGCGGUGGGGGUGGCAGCGCAGGGGGCGCCGGGACCUACCACUGCAACCUGCAGGCCAUGAGCCUGUAUGCGGCCGGGGAGCGUGGUGGCCACUUGCAGGGCGCGCCUGGGGGCGCCGGCGGAUCAGCCGUGGACGACCCCCUGCCCGACUACUCUCUGCCCCCGGUCACUAGCAGCAGCGCCUCCUCCCUGAGUCACGGCAGCGGUCAGGAGGCCGGCCACCACGCUGCAGCCCACCAAGGCCGCCUCACCUCGUGGUACCUGAACCAGGCUGGCGGAGACCUGGGCCACCUGGCCAGCGCGGCGGCGGCGGCGGCGGCGGGCUACCCCAGCCAGCAGCAGAACUUCCACUCGGUGCGGGAGAUGUUCGAGUCGCAGAGGAUCGGCUUGAACAAUUCUCCAGUGAAUGGGAACAGUAGCUGUCAGAUGGCCUUCCCUUCCAGCCAGUCUCUGUACCGCACAUCCGGGGCUUUCGUCUAUGACUGUAGCAAGUUUUGACACCCCCAUCUCCUCAAAGCCGAACUGAAUCGAACCCCAGCGCAGGAACAACCAAAAGAACCAUCAAUGCAAAAUCGAAACCAAAAAAAAAUCCAAUUUAAAAAAUCUUGAAAAAUAUUCACCAAACCAGCGAACAGAAUCCCUCCAAAAGUUCAACUCACCAGCACACAAAAAACUAUUUUCUUAAAAGAUUAAUUGAGAGCCACCUCCACUUUGCCUUAUCUAAAUAAAAAAAACCAUAAACCAUUUUACACAGAGACAGCAAAAUCAUGGUUUAUUAAAGGACAGUGUUACUGCAGAUAACACGUAAGUUUCUUCUUGCUUUUAAGAGAGCACGCUUUCCUUUUCCUCCUCUCUCCCAUGCCCUUGCCCUUUUCCUUCCCUCACCUCUCACCUGUAAGAUAUUAUUUUAUCCUAUGUUGAAAGGAGGGGAAAAGUCCCCGUAUAUGAAAAUCGCUUUCUUUUUAUUCAUGGACUUGUUUUUAAAUGUAAAUUUCAACAUAGUAAUUUAUUUUUAAUUUGUAGUUGGAUGUCGUGGACCAAACGCCAGAAAGUGUUUCCAAAACCUGACGUUAAAUUUCCUGAAACUUACAUUGUGCCUUUUUUUCAUUAUAAAAAGGGAAACUGUAUUAAUCUUAUUCUAUCAUCUUUUUCUUUCUUUUUGUUGAACAUAUUCAUUGUUUGUUUAUUAAUAAAUUGCCAUUCAGUUUGAAUGAUACCUAUAUGUCUGGAUAUUUUAAUACAGCCUUAAUUAUUAUAAGAAAAAUAUUUCAGAGCUUAAAACACUAGGAAUUACCUUUCUCCUCCUAAAUCUCUGAAAAAUGGAGAAACACUAUUUCCUAUCAAAUUUCACAUAGAAGUCUCUUUUGGUUUACUUUUCCCCUACAGCAUCUGCAAAAUGUUCUAUAUCGUUAGCUUGCUUUGUGGCUACUUAAAACAUAUUUUUCUAAAUAGAUCUGAGUUGGCGUAUGCACAAAUACAUUUUCUCAGUAAUGACAGAACAUGAUUUGGAAAUUGUAUGCCCAUGAAUCAGCAGUCUUUACCACAGUGAUACCUGUGUGUCCAGAGAGGUGAAUGUGCCUCUGGAUAGACACAUACAUAUUUGGCUUGGGUAGCACAUAAAAAAUUAGGAUGUAUAUUAUACAUCCCUGUGAACCAAAUGCAGGAUAGAUUUUUUUCCUAUUUUUUCACUCAUUUAUUAGAGGAAAAAUAAACCAUUUUUAAAUGUAUGUAUAUAAGACAUCCACAUUUACAAUCCUCCAUGUGUUAUGAAGAAGGAUUAGUCUUUUUAAAAUGUACUGUGUGUUGGAAAGGGGAAUUUAAUCUUUGGGAAACUAUUUUAGAAGAUAUGUUUGUAGAGCAAUUAUUUUUUUGAAAAAGUUUUAAAGCAAUAACAAGAAAGGAGAGAGGGGCAGAGUAUUUUAGUCUAGGGUGUUGUUUUUUUUCAAUCCAAUUUUUCUUGCUAAUUUACAGCUAAACAUAGGGGGCGAUCGGAUUGGCCCUCCCCCUUUGUAAAUAACCCAGGAAAUGUAAUAAAUUCAUUAUCUCAGGGUGAUCAGCCCUGUCAAUCAGACUUUAGGGAGAUGGUGAUUUGAUUACAGACAUUCAGGGCCUUUCAGUUUGUUUUCGAGAUAAUACAGUUUCCUGCUAUCUGCCGCUCCUAUCUAGAGGCAACACUUAGCAGUAAUUGCUGUUGCUUGUUGUCAAAAUUUGAUCAUUGUUAAAGGAUUGCUGCAAAUAAAAACACUCUAAUUUCAGUCAAAAA